AUGGCGGACGAAACAAUGAAGGGAAUGGACCAUUCCGAAGUACAUUACUUUAACUCGAAAAAAGGCAUCCACGAAGAAAUGUUGAAAGAUGAGGUCCGGACACGUUCGUACAUGAAUGCUAUUGUGCAGAACAAGCACCUGUUCAAGGACAAGGUCGUUCUCGAUGUCGGCUGCGGCACUGCCAUCCUCUCUAUGUUUGCCGUCAAGGCGGGUGCAAAGCACGUAAUCGGUGUCGACAUGUCCACGAUUAUUGAAAAAGCCAAAGAGAUUGUCGAGGUCAAUGGCAUGUCUGACAAGAUCACCCUACUACAAGGAAAGAUGGAAGAGGUGGAGCUGCCAUUCCCCAAGGUCGAUAUCAUAAUCUCAGAGUGGAUGGGUUACUUCCUGCUGUACGAGUCUAUGCUCGACACUGUCUUGUAUGCGCGCGACAAGUAUCUGGCGCCAAAUGGAUUGAUCUUCCCUGACAAGGCUACCAUCUUCAUGGCUGGUAUUGAGGAUGGAGAGUACAAGGAUGAGAAGAUUGGCUUCUGGGACAACGUCUACGGUUUCGACUACUCCCCCCUCAAGCACACAGCCCUGACAGAACCCCUCGUCGACACUGUCGAAAUCAAAGCCGUCGUCACCGAUCCCACCGCCGUGCUCACCCUCGACCUCUACACCUGCACAACAGCCGACCUAGCCUUCUCCUCGCCCUUCGUGCUCGACUGCCGCCGCAGCGACUUCGUGCAUGCGCUGAUCGCGUGGUUCGACAUCGAUUUCACCGCCUGCCACAAGCCGAUCCGGUUCAGCACGGGCCCGCACACAAAGUACACGCACUGGAAGCAAACGGUGUUCUACCUGCGGGAGGUGCUGACGGUGGAGCAGGGCGAGCAGAUUAGAGGCGUGUUGGAGAAUAAGCCAAAUGAAAAGAAUAAGCGGGAUUUGGAUGUCAAGAUCUCGUACCAGUUACAGACGGAUGACCCGACGAGACAGGCGCAGGGGAGUUGUGAGUACAAGAUGUGCUAG